AUGUCACUACUGGCGAUUGUGUCAGAUAAGCAAAAAGGCAUUUCGGAGUUUCGCGACGAUGCGAUUGACCAUCCUCUGAUCGACAGAGGCUCAUUGCAAUACUCACUAAGUGCUUGGACACAGGAAACGCCUGAUACGUUCAGCGACCGAUUAGCUUCCAGGUAUUACCUACCUGCCAUCAACACCAACCUACAUCCCGGCCGCCGCACACAGGCUGCUUCCAACGACAGCUUGGUUGCAGAGGACGGAGUUUCAGCCUAUCCGUACUCCGAAAGCAUGACGCCAUCCUCCAUGGUAGUACCAAGUCUCUCGAACGGGUCGCAGUCCGUGUCGGAAAUGUCCAUGGGAUCGAGAAUGGCCGCCAAAGUCCAGAUCGUCAAUAUGCUCGAGACCGACAGUACCGGAAAUCUGGUCACACCGCCGGCGACAGCUGCAACCCAUGACGAGCAGUCCAAACCAAUCUACUAUUGUCUCUUCCACACGCUGCCCUGUGACCACAAGUCAGACCGCGUCGACGCCUGGAAGACGCAUGUGCUGAGCCAUUUUCGCGGCUGUCCCCUUCCCCCGAAUGCAACCUGCCAAUGGUGCGCCGUAGAGUUCGUUCACGACGCCGAAAACAAGAACCCUGCUAGUCGAGCCUGGGAUGCAAUGCUGGAACACGCGGCCCACGAGCACUUUGAAAAGGGCCAUUCCCUCGCAGCAACGCGGCCGAGCUUUGAGCUCAUGAAAUACAUGUAUCAAUCAAAAAUCAUCACCGAAGACCAGCUAAAGGCCAUCCAGCUCUGUCCAUCGCCCGAUAGCCCGGCAUACCACCCUUCGCAGGAUCCUGUCAGGGCGCGGAUUGGGUCGUCGGACGAGCCUUAUUGCUCGACGUACAGCCCACGGCGUGAGAAGCGGAUGAGAGAGCAACGUCGCGGCAUCAGUGUGGUCUAG